AUGCCCGGCACGAGGAAUAUUACGUUUGGAGGUAAAAAGGGAGUCUGUACAUCAGAUGAAGCGAUUGACUAUGGUACACUUCCAAAGUUUCCAAGCAAACCUCCGGGACUGUUUGGUUUAUUUGUGGAAGAAAAUUUUUCCAAAGUCCAAAGUGGUGUUGCUGAAGGAAAAAGCGCUACUGAUAUUAGAACAGAGUUGUCCAUCAAAUGGAAGAGUCUUUCGAGUGUUGAGAAAGCGCACUUGAAACACAAACAUGAUGUUUUGAAAGAGGAAUACAAACAAGAAGUCAUGAAUUUCUGGAAAGGACUGAACCCCGAGCGUCGAGUUCUUCUGGAGAAAUCGCAAGGUCCGAAAUUACGGCAACUCGCACAUGCAAGGCGAGAGCUUUUAGGAUACCCAGAGAAGCCUCCAUCUCCCUUUCUGCUUUUCGUGCAGAAAAACGCCAAAAAUGUGAACGCUUCGUCUGUAAUUGAGCGAACGAAGAUAUUGGGUAAAAAAUGGAAGGAAAUGUCGGCUGAUGAAAAGGAAGUAUUCUUCAUCGAAAGCCAUAAAGCGAACCAACAGUACUACCACGACGUGGCUAAAUGGAAAGAAAAGCACCCUGAAAUCGCUUGA